AUGCCUCCUGCACCAAUUCCACCACAAGGCUGGAAAGCCGUUUACGAUUCACAAUAUCAGACAUUCUAUUACGUGGAUUUACAUACCCAGAGAUCGACCUGGGAUCCUCCACAAGGAACAAGAUUCCCACAUUCAUCCUAUGGACCACCUCCAGGUGCUCCAGCGCAAGCCCCUCCACCACAACAGUAUCAACAGCCAAUGGCGUACCAACAGCCUAUGCAAUAUCAACAACCAAUGCAAUAUCAAGCUGCACCAGUCCAAUAUCAAGCUGCACCUGCACCUAGAACUGUAGAAUAUGUCAAUUCGAGUUCAAACACAAAUAAAUCUUCUUCAUCAGGAAAGUGGCUAGGUGUUGGUGCAGGGUUAAUAGGUGGUGCACUUUUAGAACAUGCUGUCGAUAAGCAUCAUGAACACGAAUAUGAUCGUGCCUAUGACGAAGGGUAUGCGAAUGGUGAGUUUGGCAAUGAUGACUGUGAUGAUUACGCUACAUGGUAA